AAUACAUUCAGAUUAAUGUAAAACAUUUGUUGUUUGCCAAACAAGUGUAUUUUUUUUUAUUCUGAGUUAAGUUACCGAAGUUAUAGCAUCUUCAAUUGUGGUCACAAAAAAAAAAAAAUUAAAUUUUCCGUUUUAAGACAUGGCACGUCGGUAAGUACUCAUUUUAAGUAAUAAUUUUUUAACGAAUUUUAAUAAAAACUAUAUCCGUUAGUAGCUAAAGAAAUAAACUAUGAAACGUGAUUUAAUUUAUUAAGAAAAUUUAUUUCCUUGUACUAUUUUUUUAUAUUGUUUUCAAGGCGUUACCAUAUGGUAAUCGUGGGUCGCCUAGGGUACAGGUUUAAUUAUUCGCGUUUCAUAUGAAUUUCUGAGAUGUUUUGCACAUUUCUUGUAUAGUUAUUAAUAUUUUGUUGUCAUUUCAUAAAUUUUGCGGUCUUAGGGGUUUGUCAUUACAACAAAUGCUCGAUUAUAUUCAAGAGCUUGAUGAAGCUGAAGAUGAUAAUGAGCUUACCGAUUUACCAACUGCCAUUUACAUCGAACCUCCUAUAGAUGGAAACAUAUCUGGCGAAGAUGAUGCUGAAGAAGAAUGUGAUGGAGUUCCAGAUAAUGUUUGCCCGGGUCAGCUAAAAGGUGGCUGUGAACUUGUAAUGGCUAGUGGACGCCAUUUACAAAACAUUGAUGAAGAAGAUGAACUUGGAGCCCCAAAUGAGGAAGAGUUACACUCUAUUAUUGUAGAAGACAUAUCUCAAGAUAUGGGGGAUCAACCAACAACAUCAAAGCGUACAGCAUCGCCGGAUAGAAAGCGGUUACGUAAAGUACAACCAAAACCUUCUAAUGUUGCAUUACCGCCAGGAAACAAGGAAACGAUAUUCCAGUGGAUAAAGAAUAAUUCAUCAUAUCUUGUUCCCAUUUUUCCAGCUGCAAAUUAUGAGGAUUGUCGUGACUUACUACCACAUCAACAAUUCGAAAAGUUUUUUGAUGAUGCAAUAUUGACACACAUUUGUGAACAAAGUGCAAUAUAUGCAACAGAACAUAAUAGACCGAAUCCAAAUAUAACAGUCGGUGAACUGCGCGCAUUUAUCGGCAUACUGAUAGUAACGGGCUUCAAUUAUCACUCCAAUUUGUGGAGUCAGGAUGAAGUCAUUCGCAACAAUCUUGUAAGUAGCACCAUGCGUCGGAAUCGUUUUCAAGAGAUUUUGCAGUGUCUUUACUUCGAAGAUAAUUCCAAGGCCCCUUCGAAAGAGGUCGCAAAUUUCGAUAAAAUGUGGAAAUUGCGUCCUCUUACAGACCACCUAAAAGCAAAAAUGAUAGAGCAUUUUCAUACUGAACAAAACCUAUCCUUCGAUGAAAUUACCGUGCAGGCCCUAAAUAACCCAGUACCGGCGGCAAGUGUUGAUCUGCUCGCGAGUCAUGUGUCGUCGUCAUCCUGCAAACGUGAGCAAAAUACUACUACGGGGGUGGGUACAUUGGCCUGCUUGGAGGGACAAUGCGUCAAGUCUACGGCAUGCCAUUGGCAAAAAUGUAGGGGUGAAAGAGAAGGAUGUACUCGGAGCAACCUCGUACUUUAA